CAGCCAGCCAACCACACACACAAUCAGACAGACAGCAAAGCUAACGAGGAGCUAGACGCAAUCAAUUUAUUUCACUCAGCUAGCGUAGCUAUCUUGGGAGAUCAUAAGGUCUAAUAAUAACAAAGUGCAUUUUAACAUCAAUGUCUGACGUUUUUGUGUUUUUCUUCGUAUGACUACCGAACAGUUAACUCAGCUUGCUAGCAAGCUGCAAGUGUGGUAGUUUGAGAAGUAGCUAGCGCCGUUAGUACUAGCGGUUUACACAGGUGCUAGCUAGCUAACCAGCUGCCAGAAUGAAUGUCGCAAAAAGUGGUUAUCGGGUCUUCUCUGCUAAUUCUACUGCAGCAUGUACAGAACUAGCCAAGAAGAUAACUGAGUAUGUAUAUUUUAUUGUAAUAGCUAAAUGUACGUGUUGUUAUGAUAGCUAGCUAGAUAGCUAACCAGCUAAUGUUGCUAGCUAGCACGCUACAAUGUGUAUGCUGCUGUUUGCAGGUGCAUGACCACAGGUGAAGUCAUUUGAAUUUAGCCAGAGCUCUUGCUUACUGUCAUUCAUCUAUUGGGUUUAUGAGUUGGUAAUCUGCUAGAUGUUGACAAUGACAUUCAGAGGCAUAAGGGAAUUUAUUUAAUGUGAGACAAUGUUGGGUGUCUCGGCUGUGUGAAACUGGGAACUGUCUGUUAUCAGUGACAUUGAAACAGCGAGGGAGUGCCUGUGAUCUAGCUUAACUCUUCCCAUGUCUAGAGGUGCGAGGUAGUGGGCCCACUGUCUCGGAAUUACAAUGUAACACAUUCCAAAAUGUAGCUAUUUUGCUUGGGUAUCAAAUGGUAGAGGUACAGUAGGCUUAGUCAGAGUGGGAUCAGUGUGAGACUCGAAAUUGAGCUCAGGUGGAUCCUGUUUCCAUUGAUCAUCCUUGAGAUGUUUCUACAACUUGAUUGGAGUCCACCUGUGGUAAAUUCAAUUGAUUGGACAUGAUUUGGAAAGGCGCACACCUGUAUAUAUAAGGUCCCACAGUUGACAGUGCAUGUCAGAGCAAAAACCAAGCCAUGAGGUCGAAUGAAUUGUCCGUAUAGCUCAGAGACAGGAUUGUGUCGAGGCACAGAUGUGGGGAAGGGUACCAAAACAUUUCUGCAGCAUUGAAGGUCCCCAAGAACACAGUGGCCUCCAUCAUUCUUAAAUGGAAGAAGUUUGGAACCACCAAGACUCUUCCUAGAGCUGGCUGCCCGGCCAAACUGAGCAAUAUGGGGAGAAGGGCCUUGGUCAGGGAGGUGACCAAGAACCCGAUGUUCACUCUGACAGAGCUCCAGAGUUCCUCUGUGGAGAUGGGAGAACCUUCCAGAAGGACAACCAUCUCUGCAGCACUCCCAACAAUCAGGCCUUUAUGGUAGAGUGGCCAGAACGAAGCCACUCCUAAGUAAAAGGCACAUGACAACCCGCUUGGAGUUUGCCAAAAGGCACCUAAAGGACUCUCAGACCAUGACAAACAAGAUUGGUCUGAUGAAACCAAGAUUCAACUAUUUGGCCUGAAUGCCAAGCGUCACGUCUGGGGACACCUGGCACCAUCCCUACGGUGAAGCGUGGUGGUGGCAGCCAAAUCAAAUCAAAUUGUAUUUGUCACAUACACGUGUUUAGCAGAUGUUAUAGCGGGUGUAGCGAAAUGCUUGUGCUUCUAGCUCCGACAGUGCAGUAAUAUCUAACAAGUAAUAUCUAACAAUUUCACAACAUAUACCCAAUACACACAAAACUAGUAAGGAAUGGGAUUUAAGAAUAUAUACAUACAGUGGGGAGAACAAGUAUUUGAUACAAUGCCGAUUUUGCAGGUUUUCCUACUUACAAAGCAUGUAGAGGUCUGUAAUUUUUAUCAUAGGUACACCUCAACUGUGAGAGAUGGAAUCUAAAACAAAAAUCCAGAAAAUCACAUUGUAUGAUUUUUAAGUAAUUAAUUUGCAUUUUAUUGCAUGACAUAAGUAUUUGAUCAACUGCCAACCAGUAAGAAUUCCGUCUCUCACAGACCUGUUCGUUUUUCUUUAAGAAGCCCUCCUGUUCUCCACUCAUUACCUGUAUUAACUGCACCUGUUUGAACUCGUUACCUGUAUAAAAGACACCUGUCCACACACUCAAUCAAACAGACUCCAACCUCUCCACAAUGGCCAAGACCAGAGAGCUGUGUAAGGACAUCAGGGAUAAAAUUGUAGACCUGCACAAGGCUGGGAUGGGCUACAGGACAAUAGGCAAGCAGCUUGGUGAGAAGGCAAUAACUGUUGCCGCAAUUAUUAGAAAAUGGAAGAAGUUCAAGAUGACGGUCAAUCACCCUCGGUCUGGGGCUCCAUGCAAGAUCUCACCUCGUGGGGCAUCAAUGAUCAUGAGGAAGGUGAGGGAUCAGCCCAGAACUACACGGCAGGACCUGGUCAAUGACCUGAAGAGAGCUGGGACCACAGUCUCAAAGAAAACCAUUAGUAACACACUACGCCGUCAUGGAUUAAAAUCCUGCAGUGCACGCAAGGUCCCCCUGCUCAAGCCAGCGCAUGUCCAGGCCCGUCUGAAGUUUGCCAAUGACCAUCUGGAUGAUCCAGAGGAGGAAUGGGAGAAGGUAAUGUGGUCUGAUGAGACAAAAAUAGAGCUUUUUGGUCUAAACUCCACUCGCCGUGUUUGGAGGAAGAAGAAGGAUGAGUACAACCUCAAGAACACCAUCCCAACCGUGAAGCAUGGAGGUGGAAACAUCAUUCUUUGGGGAUGCUUUUCUGCAAAGGGGACAGGACGACUGCACCGUAUUGAGGGGAGGAUGGAUGGGGCCAUGUAUCGCGAGAUCUUGGCCAACAACCUCCUUCCCUCAGUAAGAGCAUUGAAGAUGGGUCGUGGCUGGGUCUUCCAGCAUGGCAACGACCCGAAACACACAGCCAGGGCAACUAAGGAGUGGCUCCGUAAGAAGCAUCUCAAGGUCCUGGAGUGGCCUAGCCAGUCUCCAGACCUGAACCCAAUAGAAAAUCUUUGGAGGGAGCUGAAAGUCCGUAUUGCCCAGCAACAGUCCCGAAACCUGAAGGAUCUGGAGAAGGUCUGUAUGGAGGAGUGGGCCAAAAUCCCUGCUGCAGUGUGUGCAAACCUGGUCAAGACCUACAGGAAACGUAUGAUCUCUGUAAUUGCAAACAAAGGUUUCUGUACCAAAUAUUAAGUUCUGCUUUUCUGAUGUAUCAAAUACUUAUGUCAUGCAAUAAAAUGCAAAUUAAUUACUUAAAAAUCAUACAAUGUGAUUUUCUGGAUUUUUGUUUUAGAUUCCAUCUCUCACAGUUGAGGUGUACCUAUGAUAAAAAUUACAGACCUCUACAUGCUUUGUAAGUAGGAAAACCUGCAAAUUGGCAGUGUAUCAAAUACUUGUUCUCCCCACUGUAUAUGGACAAGCAAUGACAGAGCGGCAUGGACUAAGAUACAGUAGAAUAUUAUAGAAUAGAAUGCAGUAUAUACAUAUGAGAUGAGUAGUGCAAGAUAUGUAAACAUUAUUAAUGUGACUAGUGUUCCAUUUCUUAAAGUGGCCAGUGAUUUCAAUAGGCAGCAGCAGCCUCUAAUGUGCUAGUGAUGGCUAUUUAACAGUCUGAUGGCCUUGAGAUAGAAGCUGUUUUUCAUUCUCUCGGUCCCAGCUUUGAUGCACCUGUACAGACCUCGCCUUCUGGAUGAUAGUGGGGUGAACAGGCAGUGGCUUGGGUGGUUGAUGUCCUUGAUGAUUUUUUUGGCCUUCCUGUGACAUCGGGUGCUGUAUGUGUCUUGGAGGGCGGGUAGUUUGCCCCUGGUAAUGCGUUCGGCAGACCGCAACACCCUCUGGAGAGCCCUGCGGUUGCGGGCGGUGCAGUUGCCUUACCAGGCGGUGAUACAGCCCGACACGAUGCUCUCAAUUGUGCAUCUGUAAAAGUUUGUGAGGGUUUUAGGUGCUAAGCCGAAUUUCUUCAGCCUCCUGAGGUUGAAGAGGCUCUGUUGCGCCUUCUUCACCACACUGUCUGCGUGGGUGGACCAUUUCAGUUUGUCGGUGAUGUGUAUGCCAAGGAACUUGAAGCUUUCCACCUUCUCCACUGCGGUCCCGUCGAUGUGGAUAGGGGGGUGCACCCUCUGCUGUUUCAGUCCACGAUCAUCUCCUUUGUUUUGUUGAUGUUGAGUGAGAGGUUAUUUUCCUGGCACCACACUCCCAGAGCCCUCACCUCCUCCCUGUAGGCGGUCUCGUCAUUGUUGGUAAUCAAGCCUACUACUGUUGUGUCGUCUGCAAACUUGAUGAUUUAGUUGGAGGCGUGCUUGGCCACGGUGCUUCAACAAAGUACUGAGUAAAGGGUCUGAAUACUUAUGUAAAUGUGAUAUUUCAGUUUUUUCUUUUUAAUAAAUUAGGAAAAAUUUCUAAAAACCUGUUUUUGCUUUGUCAUUAUGGGGUAUUAUUUAAUCAACUUUAGAAUAAGGCUGUAACAACAAAAUGUGGAAAAGGUCAAGGGGUCUGAAUACUUUCUGAAUGCACUGUAUAAAUCAUUGGUUUAAACCAGGGGUUGGAACCAAAAUUAUUUUCCAAUCGUUUCAUUCUGAAAAUAUAUAUAUUUUUUUUGUUCUGUUCCACUGUUCCUACCAGCAAAAUGAAGUUGUGAACCGUUUCGAACCCAAAAUAAUUAACGGUUUAUGUUGUUCAUUUUUGUUCCUUUUUAAACCUCUGAAAUUGAUUUUUUUUAAAACAUUUAGCUCGACAUUAAAUCACUUCAUCAAUUAGUGCAGCUAGAAUAGCUUGCUAUGGACCAGGCAAGCUAUUUACAUGGAUUGGACAGACACUUGUAGGGUGCGAGAUGCGACUGAAAUUGAGAGCGAGAGAGGGAGGAGGAGGCUUGGCUUGACGCGCUGGGCAUCUUGUUGUUAUGACAUGCAUUAUCUGAAUUACAUUUACAUUUUAGUCAUUUAGCAGACGCUCUUAUCCAGAGUGACUUACAGUUAGUGAGUGCAUACAUUUUUCAUACUGGCCCCCCGUGGGAAUCGAACCCACACCCCUGGCGUUGCAAGCGCCAUGCUCUACCAACUGAGCUACAGAAGGCCUGUAGUCCCACAGAAUUAUGCUUACCGAGGAGCGACUUCUAUGAAGGAACUUUGAAUGUCUGACCUUCAGAGAGUUGGCCAUUGGACCAGAGCUAGCUAGCUAACAAGCUUGUGUGUGCAGAGCGGCACCAGAAUUAAAACAAAAACACGUCUUACAUUUGUAUAGUUUCUGAGCGACAGAGGUAGGGCUUUGCAUAGGCUUUUGUUGUGUUUUUAUGUGGGACUGGAAAAAAAUGCCUGGAACGUAAAAUAAUGUUAUUUACUGGUUCCCAUACUUUUAAAAUAACUGUUCUGUUUUGGAACAGUAUAGAUCACUUUCAUUCCCGAUUCUGUUCCUCCCAAAAAUAAAUUGGUUCUGUUCCCUGAACCAGUUCCAACCCCUGGUUGAAACCCAGUCACUCUGCCUACUGUGCUAAUACAAAUGACACCUUAUUUGUUUGGCCUGAUACAAAGCAUUUCUCUCUUUGGAAAACAUGAAAUGUUACAGAUAAGUGUUUACAAUGGCUUGAUAAUUAUGCCCUAGUUAACAGAAACUAGGCUCAACACAUUUGGGGAGCUGCAAGUGUAAAGUUAGCAUUUUACCGACAUUUGCUGUUGAUUCAACUUUAUGUGACCCUUGAUAGAGACCAGAGUAGAUGUGAAGGAAUCCGUUCGCGGCCAAACUAUCUUCAUCAUCCAGACCAUACCCAGGUGAGUAGACUGAAAUAUGUCAUCUCCCCCACACUUCUGUGUCUAGGACACAGACACACCAAUACUGUGUGUGUAAUGUGGUGCAGCCCUAAGGACUAUGCAUAUCAAUCUAUGUUGUAGGAGGGGUAUUCACACAGUCAUAUCACGUUAGGUUACAUUACCUAUAUUUAAAUCUGUUUGAUUCACACACUAUAAAUCAGACACAAGCUCAUCUGCCAUAAUAUGAAUAGCUACCAGUGUUAUUAAUAGUCAUCCUCUUAUGUCAUCUGGCUUGGCAUGCACAAGCUGUACUGAGCAUAUAUUGUUGCCCUCUGCUGGACAGUUGCUCAGCAUGGGUUUGCACUGAACGGACCAUAAAUGUGACCAUCAUUAUUUGUUAUUGACACUUUUCCCUUGUUUUAACCAGAGAUGUGAACACGGCCAUCAUGGAGCUGCUGGUCAUGGCCUACGCCCUCAAGACCUCCUGUGCCAAGAACAUCAUUGGGGUCAUCCCCUACUUCCCCUACAGCAAGCAGUGUAAGAUGAGGAAGAGGGGUUCCAUAGUGUGCAAGCUGCUGGCUUCCAUGCUAGCCAAAGCAGGUAAUUACAGUCUGUAUGCAAGUGUUAACAGUUUACUGUUUACAUUGCCCUUGACCAUCUGUGUUAAAGGAAAAUGUCUACAUUUUCCAACUUCACAUUCGUCCUCUCCAGCCCCACCCCAACAUCAACAUAUGUGAAAAUGGAGUGUUUAUUUUGUUUUGUGGAAAAAUAAUAUAGAGGAAGAUAAGUGUUUCCAAUGACAUCAUCAGUGUGCAUCAUGUGAUUUUAACCAAUAAUGAGUAGGCAUCGACUUCUAAUUGUCUACUAAUUGGUUGAUGAUGUCAUUGGAAACACUUAUCUGCCUCUAUCUUUUUUACUACUAAACAUAGAAACAUGCCAUUUUCACAUAUGUUGAUGUCGGGGUGGUGCUGGAGAAGAAUUUGAAGUUGAAAAUGAUUUAAAUUUCCCUUUAAACUUGCCGCUGUGGCUGAUUUCUCAUUCUGCACCUUCUCUUAAAAGCAGACUGCUGUUUCUUCAGUCUCUUUUCUCAUCCCCUCUCUUUCUCCUUCCAGGUUUAACUCACAUCAUCACAAUGGAUUUACAUCAGAAGGAGAUCCAGGGCUUCUUCAGUUUUCCAGUGGACAACCUGCGUGCCUCCCCCUUCCUGCUUCAGUACAUCCAGGAGGAGGUAACAAUCUCACUGUAGCUCAUGUGCCAUGCCUGGUUGUAAAGUUGUAAGAUCGUAAACUACACACAGCAGCCUAUUCGAUGUAAAAUGUGGUCUCCUCUCACUUCCCUUCAGGUCCCAGAUUAUAGAAACGCCAUUAUUGUUGCAAAGUCACCGUCUGCUGCUAAGAGGUAAAAUACUAUUUAGUUACAGAGCCCUGGAGUGUGAUCAUAUAAUGUAAAUAAUGUAAAGGUGUGUCUGCAUUUCUCCAGUGUUUUCUUGCUGUUGUCUUUCAGAGCUCAGUCCUAUGCAGAGCGACUGCGUUUGGGCCUGGCAGUGAUGCAUGGGGAGGCUCAGUGUUCAGAGUCUGACAUGGCGGACGGACGACACUCUCCCCCCUGUGUCCGUAACACCUCAGGACACCCUGGGCUGGAGCUGCCUUGUAAGACCUCUCUAGAAGCCCUAUAUAGCUUGGUACCAGCCAGGUAUAGUUGUAGUCAGUCUGCCAUCAGAUCAAAUUGAAACUGUAUCUAUGUCUGUAGCUUCCCCAAUUCAUUAGUGUUGGUCAGGCUAUGUCUGUUAGAUAUAGAUAGAUGCAUAGAUGCCCGUGCUCUUCAAUGGUUGCAUCCAAAAGUAUGUUAAGUGUAGUGUGAAAUGUUCGUCGGAAUUAUUUGAAUCAUUAUUUCAAACCCCCAAAACAUCCAUGGCAAAAUCCUCAUCAUGAAUUUAAUGUCAGCACUAACAGCUUCAUAAAAGUAAUGAUUCUGCUGUAACCAUUUUAACACCUGACAUUCUUUUUAAAGGAUCUUGAAUAUUGUAGCCUAUUUACUGCACGCUCUAACACCACAGAUACACAGCCUCUACUAAUGUUGCAACCUUAGCCUCCGUAAAAUGUUCUUAAGGCAUUCAUACCAAAUUGUUUUAGAAUGGUUUAGAUGUUUAAAAAUGACAUUUUGGAUAAGAGAACAUACAUUUUGUUUUUCAUUUUGAGAGGAUGACACUAACUUGAUAUUGGAUAUGUAGUUCAACACAUUUUCUCAGUACAUUCGUGGUAAGGCUGUUAAAACAGUUGGGUCUGACAAAAUAUGGUCAGACUUUCUGUCUGGGCUUUGUGUAAUUGGCAAAUGACUCCAGAGUAUUUAUUAUGCCCAACUGGCUGCCCCCCCCCUUCAGUUUUAGUGUUUGUAAUAAUAUUUGUAUUAUUUACUUCAUUUAUUAUCCUUGACUUUAAAAAUCCUCUUAUUGUAAGCCUGGGUCAGUUGCAAACUGCCCUACACAUUUCUUGAAUGAAUAAGCUUGAAGUCCUAGAGGAAUAGUUUUGGAUUCUUCACUAAGUAACACACGGGUUAGCUUGAAAGAUUUUGCUUAAUGUAAGAGGAUUUUCCAAGUCCUGGCUUCAUGUCUUAGUAGUCUAUGUUAUGUGGAGUCUCUGUGGAUGUGUGUUAACGUGGUGUUUAUUUGUUGGUAAUAGCUGGCAGCAAACAACAAGCUCCGUUCCCAGGCAUAGAGCUCCCAAGUACGACCGUAAACUUUAAUUAGCUUUUGACCACCAAAUGGUUCCUCUCCAAAUGGUUCCUCAAUGCGUGCAUGUAGUGAUCAAGGGUUUUCGAAUCAUCUUGCCAACGAACAGUCUUAAGUACAGGGUCCUCAGUUGUGAGCACAAAAAAUACUAUCAAUGGACCAAUUACAUUUACAUUUUAGUCAUUUAGCAGACGCUCUUAUCCAGAGCGACUUACAUGAGCAAUUAGGGUUAAGUGCCUUGCUCAAGGGCACAUCGACAGAUUUUUCACCUAGUCGGCUCGGGGAUUAGAACCAGCGACCUUUCGGUUACUGGCACAACGCUCUUAACCACUAAGCUACCUGCCGCCCAUGGCAAUUAAAAAUGAUAUGGAUCAGCUAGUUGAUGUGCUCUAGCGCUACAGAUCCAUAGUGGAUGUGCUGACGCCUGUUGUUACCCUCACUACAUACUGUAGAUGAAAUCAUCAUAAGGAAUGGGAUCAAUGUCUUCCUUGAUCCACAGUCAGGUCUCCAGCAGUGUGCCGGUGUCAGAGGCAGAGACUUUAGAUUGUUCUGCAAGAUGGCCGAAAGCCCUCCGUUAGUUGCUUUGUGAGACUCUCUUCAAUCAUUUGUCAAAUGGAACCAUUUCUCCCAGAUACAUGUUUUUAUUUUCAUCCGGACUCAUCUUGCCAAUCAACACAUCAUGCUUCCCUAUUGAAGCCUCGACCGAAGCAGUCUAACACCUGGCCUUCAGAAAUGCAUGUUUUAAUACUAAUUAAGCAUGCCUUUGAUAUAUAGGCCUAAUACGUCAUGAUAGGAAGAGGAAACAGGAUAAUCAUUUUUUUCUGAAUCUAAAGCAAAGAUCCAGAUUUUUGAGUGGGUGGCAACAUGUUCUUGUGUGUGCUGCUGAACACACACAAUACAGUACACCACAGUAGGUGAGGUCAGGGUUAUGCUGUGUUCAACCUCUUCCCUGCUGCCCAUACAAACCAGUGGGCUGCUGUGUCACACACCUUGGGCCUUCCCACAUUUAAAUAACCAGAGUUGUACAGAGAAACAGCAAUCAGAAGGUGUUUGGAUCUAUAAAUCCCAAAAGUGGACCCUACAUGUCAAUAACAACACAUCUACUGGUUUGGGUGUGCAAAUCUGAUUAUAACCUCAAACCAUGACUAUCACAUAUUAGCUGUAUAGUUGUAUUAUAGCAAAUGUAUUCCUUAGCUCAGCAAUGCUAGCUUCUAGCCUAAUUGAGAGGAUUGCUGAGAUCUUCAGGCUUUUCAACUCUUGCCUCACAUAUAUCCAAGACAAGUUUAUCACCAACAUAUGUGUAGGCCUAACUAUAGUUUUUACUAGAUAAUUUCAAUGAAUUUCUAUAUUCUACCUGAAAACAUUCUAGGUAGUACAUAUGUUUAAGACUACAGAAGAUUUUAAAACCUAGUGAUGAUGUUGAUGCAUUUUGAAAAGCUGAAAUGUUCCAGUGCUUAUUAUUGCUUGUGUGUGGUCCCCUGUAAGGAAGGCAUGUGUUCCAGGCAUGAACCUGUGUUCCCUACUCUUCUCUAGCUUUCACUCCCUCAAUCAGCUUCCCCACUCUGGCUGGCAGAUUGUCCAUCCGCUGAUUGUGCGCUUCCCCCAUUGACUGACAACAGUGGUGUUCAAUAAGACAAACCAGGAACAUUAGUAAGCGUGUGAUUACCUCAUCAGUGCUUGUCUGCCUCUAUCGUUUUUGAUGGAUUAACGACAAGAUUAGGUUGUGCAUAUUGCUAUAUGCAAACUGUUGCCAAAUGUCUGCUCUGAGCAGGCAGUGUUGUGGAGGCAAUUCGAUAUCAGUCUGAUUGGGUAUGCUGGGCAAAAGGCCUGUCAUUUUGAUUCUGCGUGCGCUGUAAUGAGUUUUGCAUUCUAGUUAAAUCUAUAAGAGUAUAAUGGGGACAAUUGACAGAAUUUAUCAAAUUUCCCAAUUACAUCUCAUUUUGAAAAGAGAAUGUUAACCAGUUACCAAGAAGGGGUGGAAUUGCAUGGAAAAUGAACUAAUUGAAGAAUACAUAAUCAUAACAGUGAUUGAAAUUGGAGUUUGUAAUUGCUUUUAACCCAUCUUACCCAAUCUACUCUGAGAUGUAUGCUCAUUAGUUUUAUUGUUUAGGCCUACGGAUACUGUAUGUGAUGACUGUAGCAGUGACCAGUUCGUUCUUCCUUUUCAGUAAUGAUGGCCAAGGAGAAGCCCCCGAUCACUGUUGUAGGAGAUGUGGGAGGAAGAAUCGCCAUCAUUGUUGUAAGAAAUGUGCCCCUUUGUUGGGCCGUUGUGAUUGUACAGAAGGCCUGUGCAAUGAGCCUGAAAUAAUUGCUAAUCGCCGAAUCAUGCCUUAGAUGAGACUACAGGCAAUUAUGGAACACUCAGACUACCCUGGGCUGUGUUCUCCCUUUAAGCCUCUCUAGAGCCCUAUAUAGCUGGUACCAGCCAGUAUAGUUGUAGUCAUCAGAUCAAUUGAAACUGUAUCUAUUCUGUGACUUCCCCAAUUCAUUAGUGUUGGUCAGGCUAUGUCUGUUAGAUAUAGAUAGAUGCAUAGAUGCCCGUGCUCUUCAAUGGUUGCAUCCAAAAGUAUGUUAAGUGUAGUGUGAAAUGUUCGUCGGAAUUAUUUGAAUCAUUAUUUCAAACCCCCAAAACAUCCAUGGCAAAAUCCUCAUCAUGAAUUUAAUGUCAGCACUAACAGCUUCAUAAAAGUAAUGAUUCUGCUGUAACCAUUUUAACACCUGACAUUCUUUUUAAAGGAUCUUGAAUUUUGUAGCCUAUUUACUGCACGCUCUAACACCACAGAUACACAGCCUCUACUAAUGUUGCAACCUUAGCCUCCGUAAAAUGUUCUUAAGGCAUUCAUACCAAAUUGUUUUAGAAUGGUUUAGAUGUUUAAAAAUGACAUUUUGGAUAAGAGAACAUACAUUUUGUUUUUCAUUUUGAGAGGAUGACACUAACUUGAUAUUGGAUAUGUAGUUCAACACAUUUUCUCAGUACAUUCGUGGUAAGGCUGUUAAAACAGUUGGGUCUGACAAAAUAUGGUCAGACUUUCUGUCUGGGCUUUGUGUAAUUGGCAAAUGACUCCAGAGUAUUUAUUAUGCCCAACUGGCUGCCCCCCCCCUUCAGUUUUAGUGUUUGUAAUAAUAUUUGUAUUAUUUACUUCAUUUAUUAUCCUUGACUUUAAAAAUCCUCUUAUUGUAAGCCUGGGUCAGUUGCAAACUGCCCUACACAUUUCUUGAAUGAAUAAGCUUGAAGUCCUAGAGGAAUAGUUUUGGAUUCUUCACUAAGUAACACACGGGUUAGCUUGAAAGAUUUUGCUUAAUGUAAGAGGAUUUUCCAAGUCCUGGCUUCAUGUCUUAGUAGUCUAUGUUAUGUGGAGUCUCUGUGGAUGUGUGUUAACGUGGUGUUUAUUUGUUGGUAAUAGCUGGCAGCAAACAACAAGCUCCGUUCCCAGGCAUAGAGCUCCCAAGUACGACCGUAAACUUUAAUUAGCUUUUGACCACCAAAUGGUUCCUCUCCAAAUGGUUCCUCAAUGCGUGCAUGUAGUGAUCAAGGGUUUUCGAAUCAUCUUGCCAACGAACAGUCUUAAGUACAGGGUCCUCAGUUGUGAGCACAAAAAAUACUAUCAAUGGACCAAUUACAUUUACAUUUACAUUUUAGUCAUUUAGCAGACGCUCUUAUCCAGAGCGACUUACAUGAGCAAUUAGGGUUAAGUGCCUUGCUCAAGGGCACAUCGACAGAUUUUUCACCUAGUCGGCUCGGGGAUUAGAACCAGCGACCUUUCGGUUACUGGCACAACGCUCUUAACCACUAAGCUACCUGCCGCCCAUGGCAAUUAAAAAUGAUAUGGAUCAGCUAGUUGAUGUGCUCUAGCGCUACAGAUCCAUAGUGGAUGUGCUGACGCCUGUUGUUACCCUCACUACAUACUGUAGAUGAAAUCAUCAUAAGGAAUGGGAUCAAUGUCUUCCUUGAUCCACAGUCAGGUCUCCAGCAGUGUGCCGGUGUCAGAGGCAGAGACUUUAGAUUGUUCUGCAAGAUGGCCGAAAGCCCUCCGUUAGUUGCUUUGUGAGACUCUCUUCAAUCAUUUGUCAAAUGGAACCAUUUCUCCCAGAUACAUGUUUUUAUUUUCAUCCGGACUCAUCUUGCCAAUCAACACAUCAUGCUUCCCUAUUGAAGCCUCGACCGAAGCAGUCUAACACCUGGCCUUCAGAAAUGCAUGUUUUAAUACUAAUUAAGCAUGCCUUUGAUAUAUAGGCCUAAUACGUCAUGAUAGGAAGAGGAAACAGGAUAAUCAUUUUUUUCUGAAUCUAAAGCAAAGAUCCAGAUUUUUGAGUGGGUGGCAACAUGUUCUUGUGUGUGCUGCUGAACACACACAAUACAGUACACCACAGUAGGUGAGGUCAGGGUUAUGCUGUGUUCAACCUCUUCCCUGCUGCCCAUACAAACCAGUGGGCUGCUGUGUCACACACCUUGGGCCUUCCCACAUUUAAAUAACCAGAGUUGUACAGAGAAACAGCAAUCAGAAGGUGUUUGGAUCUAUAAAUCCCAAAAGUGGACCCUACAUGUCAAUAACAACACAUCUACUGGUUUGGGUGUGCAAAUCUGAUUAUAACCUCAAACCAUGACUAUCACAUAUUAGCUGUAUAGUUGUAUUAUAGCAAAUGUAUUCCUUAGCUCAGCAAUGCUAGCUUCUAGCCUAAUUGAGAGGAUUGCUGAGAUCUUCAGGCUUUUCAACUCUUGCCUCACAUAUAUCCAAGACAAGUUUAUCACCAACAUAUGUGUAGGCCUAACUAUAGUUUUUACUAGAUAAUUUCAAUGAAUUUCUAUAUUCUACCUGAAAACAUUCUAGGUAGUACAUAUGUUUAAGACUACAGAAGAUUUUAAAACCUAGUGAUGAUGUUGAUGCAUUUUGAAAAGCUGAAAUGUUCCAGUGCUUAUUAUUGCUUGUGUGUGGUCCCCUGUAAGGAAGGCAUGUGUUCCAGGCAUGAACCUGUGUUCCCUACUCUUCUCUAGCUUUCACUCCCUCAAUCAGCUUCCCCACUCUGGCUGGCAGAUUGUCCAUCCGCUGAUUGUGCGCUUCCCCCAUUGACUGACAACAGUGGUGUUCAAUAAGACAAACCAGGAACAUUAGUAAGCGUGUGAUUACCUCAUCAGUGCUUGUCUGCCUCUAUCGUUUUUGAUGGAUUAACGACAAGAUUAGGUUGUGCAUAUUGCUAUAUGCAAACUGUUGCCAAAUGUCUGCUCUGAGCAGGCAGUGUUGUGGAGGCAAUUCGAUAUCAGUCUGAUUGGGUAUGCUGGGCAAAAGGCCUGUCAUUUUGAUUCUGCGUGCGCUGUAAUGAGUUUUGCAUUCUAGUUAAAUCUAUAAGAGUAUAAUGGGGACAAUUGACAGAAUUUAUCAAAUUUCCCAAUUACAUCUCAUUUUGAAAAGAGAAUGUUAACCAGUUACCAAGAAGGGGUGGAAUUGCAUGGAAAAUGAACUAAUUGAAGAAUACAUAAUCAUAACAGUGAUUGAAAUUGGAGUUUGUAAUUGCUUUUAACCCAUCUUACCCAAUCUACUCUGAGAUGUAUGCUCAUUAGUUUUAUUGUUUAGGCCUACGGAUACUGUAUGUGAUGACUGUAGCAGUGACCAGUUCGUUCUUCCUUUUCAGUAAUGAUGGCCAAGGAGAAGCCCCCGAUCACUGUUGUAGGAGAUGUGGGAGGAAGAAUCGCCAUCAUUGUUGUAAGAAAUGUGCCCCUUUGUUUGGGCCGUUUGUGAUUUGUACAGGAAGGCCUGUGCUAAAAUGAGCCACUUGAAAUUAAUUUGCUAAAUUCUGCCACAUUUGAAUUUAAUAACAGAAUAUGACACCCUUAGAUUAUGGAUGAAGGAACUACAGGCAUAUCUAUGCUGAUAUGUCUCAUACAAAAUACAUCAUUUCCAAUCCCAUGGUUGCUGUUCUUUCCCAGGAUGACAUCAUAGACGACGUGGAGGACUUUGUGGCGGCAGCUGAGAUUCUGAAGGAGAGAGGAGCUUACAAGAUCUACAUCAUGGCUACACAUGGGCUGCUGUCUGCUGAUGCCCCCCGCCUUAUUGAGGAGUCUGCCAUCGACGAGGUGAGAUACAGACGUAGGAUCUUAAUUUGAGACAGUCUGCUACAGCAGGAAAAUAAUCCUGUCGCAACAGGAAAUGUGAAUUAUGUGGAUUAUAAUUAAUGGACAUUUUUUGUAGGGGUUGAUAAAUUUUUUGUAAGGGAAAAUCAAGUCUGAAAUUUCGAAGUGGAAAUGACAAACUUCAGAACCCUUUUAAAACUUUAAAUACACUACCAAGUUUUACAUUUCCUGCAUUGCAUUACAUUUCCUGCAACAGGGUGAUCAAAUUAAGAUCCUACAUCUGUAACAUCCUAUCUUCAGAGUUCGUACUGCUUGGUGAACUAAACUGGGAUAUGCUUAACACCCCGGCCAUCCUACAAUCUAAACUAGAUGCCCUCAAUCUCACACAAAUUAUCAAGGAACCUACCAGGUACAACCCUAAAUCCGUAAACAUGGGCACCCUCAUAGAUAUCAUCCUGACUAAUUGACCCUCUAAAUACACCUCCGCUGUCUUCAACCAGGAUCUCAGCGAUCACUGCCUCAUUGCCUGCGUCCGUAAUGGGUCCGCGGUCAAACGACCACCCCUCAUCACUGUCAAAUGCUCCCUAAAACACUUCAGCGAGCAGGCCUUUCUAAUUGACCUGGCCCGGGUAUCCUGGAUGGAUAUUGACCUCAUUCCGUCAGUAGAGGAUGCCUGGAUGUUCUUCAAAAGUGCUUUCCUCUCAAUCUUAAAUACGCAUGCCCCAUUCAAAAAAUUCCGAACUAAGAACAGAUAUAGCCCCUGGUUCACCCCAGACUUGACUGCCCUUGACCAGCACAAAAACAUCCUGUGGCGUACUGCAUUAGCAUCGAACAGCCCCCGCGAUAUGCAUAUAGGAACCAAUAUACACAAUCAGUUAGGAAAGCAAAGGCUAGCUUUUUCAAACAGAAAUUUGCUUCCUGUAGCACUAACUCCAAAAAGUUUUGGGACACUGUAAAGUCCAUGGAGAAUAAGAGCACCUCCUCCCAGCUACCAACUGCACUGAGGCUAGGAAACACUGUCACCACCGAUAAAUCUACGAUAAUCGAGAAUUUCAAUAAGCAUUUUGCUACGGCUGGCCAUGCUUUCCACCUGGCUACCCCUACCCCGGCCACCAGCUCUGCACCCUCCGCUGCAACUUGCCCAUGCCCCCCCCGCUUCUCCUUCACCCAAAUAGCUGAUGUCCUGAAAGAGCUGCUAAAUCUGGACCCCUAUAAAUCAGCUGGGCUAGACCAUCUGGACCCUUUCUUUCUAAAAUUAGCCGCCAAAAUUGUCGCAACCCCUAUUACUAGCCUGUUCAACCUCUCUUUCGUAUCGUCUGAGAUCCCCAGAGAUUGGAAAGCUGCCGCGGUCAUCCCCCUCUUCAAAGGGGGUGACACUCUAGAUCCAAACUGUUACAGACCUAUAUCCAUCCUGCCCUGCCCUUCGAAAGUAUUUGAAAGCCAAGUUAACAAACAGACCAUUUCGAAUCCCACCGUACCUUCUCCGCUAUGCAAUCUGGUUUCCGAGCUGGUCAUGGCUGCACCUCAGCCACGCUCAAGGUCCUAAACGAUAUAAUAACCGCAAUCGAUAAAAGACAGUACUGUGCAGCCGUCUUCAUCGACCUGGCCAAGGCUUUUGACUCUGUCAAUCACCGCAUUCUUAUUGGCAGACUAAAUAGCCUUGGUUUCUCAAAUGACUGCCUCGCCUGGUUCACCAACUACUUCUCAGAUAGAGUUCAAUGUGUCAAAUCGGAGGGCCUGUUGUCUGGACCUCUGGCAGUCUCUAUGGGGGUGCCACAGGGUUCAAUUCUCGGGCCGACUCUAUUCUCUGUGUAUAUCAAUGAUGUCGCUCUUGCUGCUGGUGACUCUCAGAUCCACCUCUACGCAGACGACACCAUUUUGUACACAUCUGGCCCUUCAUUGGACACUGUGUUAACAAACCUCCAAACGAGCUUCAAUGCCAUACAACACUCCUUCCGUGGCCUCCAACUGCUCUUAAACGCUAGGAAAACUAAAUGCAUGCUCUUCAUUCGAACGCUGCUUGCACCCACCCGCCCGACUAGAAUCACUACUCUCGGCGGGUCUGACUUAGAAUAUGUGGACAACUACAAAUACCUAGGUGUCUGGUUAGACCGUAAACUCUCCUUCCAGACUCACAUUAAGCAUCUCCAAUCCAAAGUUAAAUCUAGAAUCAGCUUCCUAUUUCGCAACAAAGCCUCCUUCACUCAUGCUGCUAAACAUGCCCUCGUAAAACGGACUAUCCUACUGAUCCUUGACUUCGUCGAUGUCAUUUACAAAAUAGCUUCCAACACUCUACUCAGCAAAUUGGAUGUAGUCUAUCACAGUGCCAUCCGUUUUGUCACCAAAGCACCAUAUACUACCCACCAUUGUGACCUGUAUGCUCUCGUUGGCUGGCCCUCACUACAUAUUCGUUGCCAAACCCACUGGCUCCAGGUCAUCUAUAAAUCACUUCUAGGCAAAUCCCUGCCUUAUCUUAGAUCAUUGGUCACCAUAGCAACACCCACCCGUAGUAUGUGUUCCAGCAGGUAUAUCUCACUGGUCAUCCCCAAAGCCAACACCUCCUUUGGCCGCCAUUCCUUCCAGUUGUCUGCUGCAAAUGACUGGAACGAACUGCAAAAAUCUCUGAAGCUGGAGACACUUAUCGCCCUCACUAACUUUAAGCAUCAGUUGUCAGAGCAGCUUACCGAUCACUGCACCUGUACACAGCCCAUCUGUAAUUAGCCCACCCAACUACCUCAUCCCCAUAUUGUUAUUUACAUUGUUAUUUAUUUUGCUCAUUUGCACCCCAGUAUCUCUAUUUGCACAUCAUCUUCUGCACAUCUAUCACUCCAGUGUUAAUACUAAAUUGUAUUUAUUUUGCACUAUGGCCUAUUUAUUGCCUUACCUCCAUAACUUACUACAUUUGCACACACUGUAUAUAGAUUUUCUAUUGCGUUAUUGACUGUACGUUUUGUUUAUUCCAUAUGUAACUCUGUGUUAUUGUUGUUUUUACCGCACUGCUUUGCUUUAUCUUGGCCAGGUCGCAGUUGUAAAUGAGAGCUUGUUCUCGACUGGCUUACCUGGUUAAAUAAAGGUGAAAAAAAAAACAAACAGCAGCCCUGUGUUCUGAAUUUAUCACUACAUGUUGAAGGGGAAGUGCUCAGUUCCUCAUCGUAAAAGCUUUUCAAUCCCUUUACAACAAAGACAACGGCCACACUUUCUAUGUACCACCUGUGUGCAAGGUAUUGCAAAUUGAUUCGUAGGAUGUUUGGUCGCCUGUAUAAAGGCUGUUCUAAGAUACAGUAGUCAGUCACAGUUCAAUCUGAGUAUGAGACAAAAUAGACCACGCCUACGAACGGUUGAAAGCAGCGGAUGGCCCGGCCGUCCUAUCGCCUUUGACCACAGUACGUCGGCCAUCAUUUUCUAUUAAUUUCCAAACGAUUCUACAUGUAAUAUCAACACUGAUCUACUGCACACGACCGACCUUCGUUAUGGUGUUUCUUCCUCUGACCCCUGUCUGUCUGCCCCCCAGGUGGUGGUGACUAACACCGUCCCUCACGAGGUACAGAAGCUCCAGUGUCCCAAGAUCAAGACAGUGGACGUCAGUAUGAUCCUGGCCGAGGCCAUCCGCCGCAUCCACAACGGGGAGUCCAUGGCCUACCUGUUCCGCAACAUCACGGUGGAUGACUAGGGCCAGAGACAUAGGGUUGAGUCUGUGCUGGAGGUGAGGUGUUAGGAGAAAGGCUGGUGGUACAAACGGUAUGCUUCCCUCCUCUCUCCACAAUGCUAGAAGUGCAUACUGUUCCUGUUGUCUGCACCUUCACACAGCCUAGUUCAGAUGACUAGGACGAGGGAGAGUACCGUCAUCAUAUCCCCUCUUACAAACCAAUCAAAUGCAUUUUCAUCAGCUUUUAGUGCCAAAACAUAACAUGGAGUUGCUCAAUAAAAGUGCUAAAAGAA